AUGGCUAAUAGUUUUACAAGAAAAGGCUGGCCGCGCUUGGACCAAAGAAGAGUACCAUCGAACGGAGAGAAAUCCACCGGUGAACAACAAUGGGCUGCGCAGAGCGCCGGUGAUGGUGGAACUGUUACAAUCCCAAAGCUGCCUCAGAUAAACGUGUGUUCUCUUGUGGAAACUAAAGUGAAGUCAGAUUUUCAAAACACAGAAGCAAAUCACCUAAAGGCAUUUGAUCCUUCUCCGACAAUCUGCAAGAAAAGCUUACCUAGUCGUCUGCAACGUAUUUCAGAUUCAAAAAUCCCGUUUGGAAGGAUAAAGAAACCGGAAAGCCGAGACCAAGAGAAAAUGGCAAAUCUUAGCGCUGUUACAGGCCGAACUGAUGAUAAUUCCAUCCUUGAAACUCAUCACCAGGAUGGGCAGCUUCAUUUCAUAAACCAAGGGAAAGCUAAAAUUGCACCGGUCGCGACAAGUGCAUCUCAAAGAUCAGUAUUUUCAAUACAUUGGCAAAUCAAAGCAGGAAGGAAAUACAAAAUUCAAGAUAGCCAGAUGUCCUACGAAGAGUUGCUCGUACUUGAUGAAAAAAUGGAUAAAAUGAGCGAUUUUACAUCAACGGAAAGGGAAUUGCACCUAAAGGAUUUUUAUGGGAGAAAAAUCAACCCAAGUCACAGAAGAAAGCCUGAAAACAACGAUAUAACGGCUUAUAUUCCGUGGUUUGCGUUUCAAAAAGAUGAGCAAAACAACAGUGGCAUUGAACGCAGAUCCUUAGCAAACAAUACUGAAAAUAAACAGGUCUUAAACAGGGAAACAAGGGCUCGAGUUGAAGGGCGUUUUCUCGAAGCUUUAGAUCUCCAUUUCUAUCAUUAUUACCUUAGAGUUCGUCCCGGAAGAAGAUUGGCAAUUUGCGACGAAAUCGAGCGAAGAAUCUUCAUUGACAACGUCUCGCUGUCGUGGUACAGGGAUAACCUACGCCUUCGAGAAAUUUUGGAUUCAUGGAUGCUAUAA